AGCUACAUUAAUUCAAUUGUCUUCCUUGUGCUCACCUAAUCCCCUUUUGCCGGCCCCGUCCCCUCGCACACAAGGAAGCAUAGAAGGAGAAGCAGCUGCUGCUGUAAUGGAACAAAAUCCAUGGAAGUUUCACAGCAUCGUACGCUAUGUGUUGCUUUGUGUGGCGAGCAUUCAUGAGGCGAUGCGGUCUAUGUGGUCUCGCAGAGACGCCAUCCACUCCGACAAGCCCAUAUAUCAUCUCCCCACUGUGAUGCUUGUUCGAGCUGAUGGGUCAAUCAAUAACAACACUCGUAUAAAGGAUUCUUUUGAAGUUCGAUUCCCCAUGACAACCGCAACAAAGGGAGACUUUGAUAACAAGAUCGGCUCCCAUACGAUGCAUGAACGGGAGAUUUUCAGUGCACGUCACCAACUCUUCUACGUGAUGUUUUUUGCUGGCCAUCUGAUUGAUCAAACACUUGCCUGCCUAAAAUCUACGCUGCAAACAAGCAUCCUGAAAAGGAAACGGAGGUCGCGCUCCGUAUCACGCACGGAUAGAAUCGCUCGAGAAACUCCAGCGGGAAGUACUGGCGGUCUGUAUCACGAUGGAAUGGGUGACGUUGACACCCUUCCAGCGGCAUCUCUACACGUACAGAACAAACUGAACAUAGUUUCUCGCAAGAAUGGUUUUGAAUACUAUACAGGAGGCUUGGAGGAUGUAGAUGUAAUUCGGGAACAUCAAAGCAUCAUAGAGGAAGCGGAGAGGAAAACUGCAACAACCUGGGUGGUCGCCACCGCAGCUACACAGCACGCGACGGGGAACCGUGACCUCCUAUCCGGUUUAACGCCCGAUCAACCGGGCCGCUUCGUUCUCUCGGCCGACGGAGCGGCGCCCAUGCAGGUCGUCGCCCACGGCUGUGUCAUCACAAACACGGUGGUUCUCCCCAACGUGCUGUACGUCCCAGGGCUCACGGCUAACCUCGUCUCUGCCAGUCAGCUUGUCGAGCUCAACUACACCCUCGAGUUUAGCCGUGGUGCGUGUCAUAUCAGGAGUGCCGCCGAUGGCACCAUCGUCGGCAAAGCCAGUGUUGUUGGAGAAAGUGGUUUGUUCGAGUUGGACUUCCUGAAAGUCCUGCCUUCAAUAAACAUGCGCGUUCUUUGAAACAUAAAAGCGAGGAGAUCUAAUUAUUCCUCUUACCUAUGCAUGUUUGAGUAUAGAAACUCAUGGUGGCAUGUAAUUUGAAUAAGUGCAUGGGCCUGCAGCUGAUUAGUAUGGCCAAAUGCAGCUUCGUAUUGGGCGUGUAUGCCCUAACAAACUAAGAAACCAUGCUUGGUCAAUUUGAUAUACAUGUAUCCCCUCGAAAAAAUAUUAAUAGUCCAUGUAUGUAGUAUAUGUUGGAAAUAUGCCCGAAAGGCAAUAAUAAAUAGUUAUUAUUAUUGUUUCAA